AUGGACUUCACGACCAUCCUCAACCGGAAAAACUCUGCUGCUGCAGCAGCCGCCGCCGCUGAAGCACAAUUGCACCACCACUACCUUCAAAGUGCUCACAUGAAUCACCACUCAAACAUGAAGCCCGAGCCAGGUGCUUCGGACAGCCCCGUGAACGCUUACCCCCCUCACCAACUGGAUUCAGGGCUGGCUGAAUCCUACUAUUACGCCCAGGCCUCCGGUUCUGCUCCUCGCAACAUGGGCUAUGUCCCUAGUGGAUAUGCCGGUGACCACCAGAUGCAGCAGGCAACCUCCCUUCCUAGGACCGAGAACGAAGCUCCGCCAAAGACCUUUCACUGUUCGACUUGUAACAAAGGGUUUGCUCGUCGCAGUGACCUUGCGCGACAUGAGCGGAUUCACACUGGAAUCAGACCUCACGCCUGCGACUGGCCUGGUUGUGGAAAACAGUUCAUUCAACGCUCAGCACUGACCGUACACUCGCGAGUACACACCGGAGAGAAGCCGCAUAUGUGCGAGCGCUGUGGCAAGCCAUUUAGUGACUCCUCGUCUCUGGCCAGACAUCGCCGCAUCCAUUCCGGAAAAAGACCCUACAAGUGCCCGUACGCCAACUGUCAGAAGACAUUUACCCGCCGUACCACUUUGACAAGACACCAAAACCACCACACCGGGACCAUCGAGGAAGCUGCUGCGGAGACAGAGGCCAACCUGCGUCAGAACAAAGAACGGCGUGCUGAUGGCAUGGAUCAUGGAUCAAUUCACUCCACUCCGUCUCCUAGCCACCAUUCGUUGUCACCUGCCGGUGAACUUCCCCCGCUGAACAUGCAUCGUGAAUACUACAUUGGCAGUAUGCCCAUCCCACCCCAUGUUCGCGGUGACUUCUCCCAAGCUAGCCCUCGUGCUUCCCCCACCGCCACCUCUCCCUCCCUCUCCAGCUAUGGCAGCGCACCCCACGUUCGGCCGUCGAUGACGUCUCACCCAUACGCUCUUCCGCAACCGCUUGAGCCCCCUGCCAACACUGACCACCGGCCGAACAGUGUUACUGGAAGCCCGCACAUGACUAGCAUGGGAUGGGCCUCGCCUUCUCAUGGUAGCAUGCCGUCGCCCGGAUCCCCUCAUGAUUUCAGCUAUCCUGAGCCCAGCGGCCCGGCAUACCCCACUGCCAUGCCUCCCCACAUGUACUUCCCCAAUUCUACAAUUCGCCGGCCCAACAGCACCGAGCCAGAGAAUUAUGAGACCAAACCCAGAAUGGGCGACCACACUUGGUCUACAGCAGUAUGA